CAGUGAACAUGGCGGGUCCGUGGUGGAGGCAGUGCCGGCGGUGGAGAACAAACAGUACGAGCACGAGUUUGUUUGAAAACUUGUGGCAUUUUAACGGCAGGUGUGUGUCCGUCACCGCGUCCUCUCUGGGGCGGACAUCCUUGAGCUCCGCGCCGGGGAACGAGGGGCGACCAGCGGCACGACCAACACAGAUAAACCCGAAAGUUUUUAACAUAACCUCAACUCUCACCAGACACAGGUCAGGGUUGCUGGAUCCCACAUCACAGUCUUGCUUUUGCAGAAAGGUCCACAGCGAUGCGAAGCUGAAGGACCCGUUCACACUAGCCCAGAGAGAUUUAAAGUGUUUCUACGAUGACAUCAGAAAGGAGCUACUUGUAUCCAAAGAGGAGCUGAAGUCUCUAUGUGACUACUACUUUGAUGGCAAGGGCAAGUCCAUCCGACCAAUGAUAGUCGUCCUGAUGGCCCGGGCGCUCAACAUCCACAGCAACAGAGCUGGGGAAUUGCUCCCAGGGCAGAGGGCCGUAGCUAUGAUCUCAGAAAUGAUCCACACUGCCAGCCUGGUGCACGAUGACGUUAUAGACGGAUCGGAUAAACGAAGGGGAAAGAGAACCAUCCAUGACAUGUGGGGUGAAAAAAAGGCUAUCUUGGCUGGAGAUUUCAUCCUCUCGGCUGCCUCCAUCACUUUGGCUCGUAUUGGCAACAUCGCAGUGGUAAAAGUGUUGUCGCAGGUGAUAGAGGACCUGGUGCGAGGUGAGUUCAUGCAGCUGGGUUCCAAAGAGAACGAGAACGAGAGGUUCAAACACUACCUCGAGAAAACCUUCAAGAAGACAGCGAGUCUCAUUGCAAACAGCUGUAAAGCAGUAUCCAUCCUGGUGAAUUCUGAUCCUGAAGUUCAUGAAAUAGCCUACCAGUAUGGGAAGAAUGUUGGCAUCGCGUUUCAGUUGGUGGAUGAUGUGCUGGACUUCACAUCAGCAGCCAAUCACCUGGGGAAGCCCUCAGCUGCAGAUCUCAAACUGGGCUUGGCCACUGGACCGGUCCUGUUCGCUUGUCAACAGUUUCCGGAGCUCCAUGCAAUGAUCAUGAGGCGCUUCAGCUAUAAAGGAGAUGUAGAUCAAGCCUGGCAGUACGUCCUUCAGAGCGACGGCGUGCAGCAGACCACCUACCUCGCCCAGCGUUACGGUCAAGAAGCCAUCAGGCAGAUCAGCAUGCUGAGGCCGUCAGCAGAGAGGGACGCCCUCAUCAGGCUCACUGAGAUGGUGCUUACCAGAGAUAAGUGAUCCUCCACUGCCCGGCUUCACUUCAGGCAGCUACCUGUUUCGGUUUUAGCGUCAAAUCUGGAUAAUUGUGGCAGCGAGCUCAUCUGUCAGAACUCUUACUGAAAAAUCAAGGGAUCAAAACACCAUGUAGGGGUCUCUCUGGACUCAUGGCUUCUUCAACCUCUUCCAAAAAUAUACAUGAGGCUGAGUUGCUUCUUAACGAUAUAUGAACACAUGCAAAUUCUUUGAUUCAGAUUACCUGAAUGGUAUCAACAGCCGUGAUUUGGAAAAGGAACUCUUAUAAACAUAAAUGAAUGGAUGGCACUGAAAGCUGCAACCCAGCUUUUCACCACAUACAUUACAAUAACUACAGCCACCUCCCAGGCCUCAAAGCUAGCCAGCUGUGAUGUGACAGUUUGUUACACGCUAGUGCUGAGCUGUGGCGGCGCUGCAAAAUCCGUGCAAUUCCAAAUGCAAUCGAAGUGAGACUUUGUCAUCGGUGUGUUUGUUUGGAUCUGUGUCAGUCUUUCGAGAUCCGUCCACACCUCAGAGGCCAAAAAAAACAUGUGUAUUUUUCACUUGUGAAAUGUUAGGUUAACAACCAAGGCCUUGACAUCUACAAUGACUGUG